AUGUGCUUGCACUGCUUACGUACCUCUCAGCUCCAGUCUCAGCGCUCCUCUGCCAUCGCUCAACAAAAGUUACGCACCUGUAUCCGUAGUAUACUUUGCACACAUCAGAGGCCUGUUCUUUAUGUACACCUUCAUUACCGCCAAGAUCCUCUACACCUUCCUUUCUGCCGCUUCACUCAUUCUCAUGCGAGUGACUUGUGUCAAUCCCGCACCUGCAUUGAAGAGGGCUGGGGGUUUCUUCCAAGAACAGAAGAAGGGGAUGAUCAUGGUCAUCACUGGGCUGGUUGGUUGGUUCCAAACCUCGUUGGUUUGAUGAUGACCUUCGUGUUGAAGAAGGGGUUGAGCUGGUUUAGGUAUCUCCUUGGGUUAAGGAGAAGGUGUUUGUAG